CUCCGAGGAAACAGCCGAAGCCCACACGGAUUACAAAAGAUACAUUUCGUUACAAAGUUAUUGUUGUCGGAGGAGUGGGACCCUGAAAACGAAAUUGCCCUGGAAGUCGCAAGUGCAAUAUUAUGGAUACAAGGAAAACUGUUAUUGUGACAGGAUUCGAACCAUUUGGAGAACAUAAAGUGAAUGCAAGCUGGACUGCAGUGCAGGAGUUGGAGAAGCUUGGUUUGGGUGAAGACAUUCACCUGCUAGUGAAGGAGAUCCCUGUGGAGUACAAGGCUGUCAGCAAACUGCUUCCGUCACUGUGGAAACAGUAUCAACCUGAGUUGGUUGUUCAUGUUGGCGUUUCGGGAAUGGCCACCUCUGUCACCCUCGAGCAGUGUGGACACAAUCACGGAUACAACCGCCUGGACAACUGCGACUUCUGUCCGAAUUCACAAUGCUGCAUUGACCAGGGACCUGAUUGCAUUAUGUCAGUCAUAGACAUGGAGGCUGUGUGCGAGAAAGUGAACUCUUCGAGCAUGGGUGUUGCUUUUUCUGUGUCUCAGGAUGCUGGCAGAUACUUAUGUGACUACACCUACUACACCUCACUGUACCUGGGCAAUCGCAGGUGUGCUUUCGUGCAUGUGCCCCCCCUUGGGAAACGCCAUAGUGCGGAGGACCUGGGCCGAGCUCUUCAGGCUGCUAUCCUGGAGAUGGUCCAGAGACUGGAGGACCAUAUGGAUCACAAUCAAGACCAAGACCGUUGCCAGCGCGGACACUGACCCACGUCGAACAGCCCAAAGCUUCACAGAGUUUAAUAACGCCGUAAUAACGCAGUUUUAAGUAGGACGUUUCUCUGUAAACACAAUGAAGUGUUUCUUUUCUACUUCUGAUAUUCCACAAUUUCCACUGGCCAAGGUUAGGGAUGUUGGCCUUGGACCAGUCGUGCCUGUCUUUUGAGUUUAGGUGGCUCCAGAAAAGCCAGUUAUGACAUUCAAUCUGUUAACACAGGUUCCUUUGACUUUUUAUGCUAUUGAUGUCAUCUAGAGAGGUGUCACAUGUCUCUUUUUACCGACAGAGAGAAGCACUUUAUAUAAAGGUUCAAACAAAAUGGUUGCUAUGCUACAGAUGUACAUUCUUGUCUAGACACAAUGUCUGUCUCAUGGUUUGUUAGAGCAGACUCUAUUCCAUUUAUUUUGCAGUCUUGCUAUAUGUCAACAUUUUCCCAUUUAGUGUCUGCACUGCAUGUGAUUGCAAGUGUUUGCUAUUAUAAUAAUAAUGAUGAUAAUGAUAGUAAUUAUGAUGGCAAGCUAUUAAUGAUUAUAAUGCAUACUACAGUAACGUGUCCAUAAGGGUUUAUUGUUCCACUGUAGUUGGCUGAAACAUUCCUAAGUUAGCCAAGUAUGGUAUAUCUAUGGCAUAGCACCAUUUGUACAUAUAACCUUUAGAUAUAUCUACUUAGAAAAUAUUGGGGUGGUAGCAUUUUGAUUGAGGAUGUAGGACAUUGUAAGUAGGGACAGAUGUUGUCUGUUCCACAGCUGUGGUUGUCAUGGAAGCACUUCUGUUUAGUGAUAGUCUUGUGAGCUACACAACAGCUCAUGUAGUCAAUGACUGCAAGAUCUUAUUCAGAUUCCACCUCAGUUCUGUGAAAACACAAUGAAGCAGUCAAGCAGCAACCUUGCAGCUUGAUGAUGUAUUUGGCAUGUCCAAAAUGCUUCAUUACUUCAAAUGUGAUUUUCUUUUGUGUAUGUAGUUAUGGCAAGUAAGAUGAACUUUGACUGUAAUUUUAGUCACACGUAUGCCUCUGCACUGUCUCAAAAUAAUAUUUUUGAUUAUAAAUAAACUUUCUCAAAUAAC